GCUUGAGGCGCUCUGAACGUCCGUCGCUGCGACGCAUACUGUCGCACGGCUUGUGGAACAGCUGUUCGCACCUCCACGAAGGGUGCGAAUCGCUUGCUGGCACGUGGAACGUUGACACGGCUCACUAUGGCUAAGCAGAGCACGCUGCUUGCUGCAGCGCUACUGCUGCCGGCAGCGCAUGCCAUCCGUCCCAGCCGUAUCGCGCGGCGCGACGCCAUCAAGGCGGCGCCGCCGGCCUUCUUGCUUGCGAGCCGACCCGCGUGGGCGCGCUACGACGACUACAAGGACGGCCCGCGCGGCCUGAAGUACGUCGUCACCGAGCCGGGCGCCGGCGCGACGCCGCAGCGCGGCCAGUCCGUGAAAGCAGAAUAUACGCUAACUUUGGACGGCUUCGCCGAGGACGGCGGCCGCGUCGUGGAUUCUUCCAAAGGUUUUAUGAAGGGACCGUUCGCGUUCUACGCCGGCACGGGCGGCGUGAUCAAGGGCUGGGAUUUGAUGAUCAUGGAGAUGAAGGAGGGCGAGGCCCGGAAACUCAUCAUCCCGGCGGAUUUGGGUUACGGGUCGAAAGGCGCCGGCGGGAAGAUCCCCGGCGGGGCGACGCUCUACUUCGAGGUCAAGCUCGCGGCCCUCGGCGACGCUCCUGUAUUGAACGAGAAGCAGCAGCAGUGGCUCGACGAGCACCCUAUAUAA